GCUGAUGGCGUACGCGGAAGAGAGCGGCCGGGCUCGGGCGCGCGGCGACGACGUCAGAGGCAGAGGGGCGAUGGCUGGCUGAAGGAGGAGGAGGAGGAGGGGAUGGAGGAGAAAGAGCAGCUGAGGCGCCAGAUCCGCCUGCUCCAAGGUCUCAUCGAUGAUCAUAAAAACACGCAUGGGAAUGCACCUGUCCAGGAACCCAGGUGGAGGAAUCCCAGGCCGCCUGCCUUCAGCAACCCAAGUGUGUUUUCUGCUAGAUAUUCCCAGCAAACCCAGAGGGAUUUUCAGCCUCACCAGAGCAACGCCUGGAGAAAGAAAUAUUCUCUUGUCAACGUACCUCCUCGACCAGUGCUUUCUUCUGGAGGUGGCGUUUCUGAUACCGCUGCUCGGACUGUCCUGGUCUCCUCAAGCACGGAGGCAAGUGAGCCACAGCUAGUGCUCCCGGAAAGAAGUGUAGGCUUCCGUGAAGGUGAUAAUCUUGUUGUUGGGGUGCGGAACGACUUGCCUGUGGGCCAUGCUACUGUUCUGGGGUCCCAGCAGGGCCCUUUGGGAGCAGCCAGUAGCCUAGCUGCUUCUAGAGGAUGUGUAAGCGCUCCUGGGCCUCCAGAUGUUGCACGAGGCAGAGGUAACACAUCCGCAGGGAGCCUGAGAAGGCCUGUGACUGCAAGAGCAGUCCGGGGUGCACCUGAAGCUGCCUCCGACUUGUGCAGGACUAUCAGCGAGAGUGCGGUUGCGAUGAAGUCUGAGACUGUGGGGCCUCAGACCUUUCCUGAUUGUGAAUCGGUUUGCCUGUCAGCAAGGAAGAAACCAGCUCCACAGGUUCCAGCUCUGCAUAGCUCACCACAAGCCCCUGCAGUGACAGUGAAACCAGACCCAGGGAGGGUUGCUGGUACAUCUGCUGGAUGUGCUCAUUCAACUCGAGAAGCCUCCUCGGCUGUUGGGAUGAGCCUGUCGAAGCACAAACAUUCAGUACCUUCUCUCCAAAGAACUCCUACCUUGCCAGCCUCUGCCAAAUCCCAAAAGUUCAAGAAAACAAACUACACGUGGGUGGCAAAUCCGAAUAAAUGUGUCCGGACGGUGAAAAGGUGUUCUGCUUCCAGAGCAUCUGAAAAUGCACGGACGUUUGCAGUGGGUGCAGAGAGGGUGCACAAGUUGCUACCAAGGGGGGACCUGGGAGCCAAGCAAAAGAAAUCCAACCCGCAUUCAAAGUUGGGGGUGUCUUCCAGCAAGUAUAAAUGGAAAGCAUUCAGUCUCCAGCCUUCUCCUUCCACGUCUGCCUCGGCAUUCACAUGGCAGCGUAAGGAAUGCGACAGGGCCGGAGUGAGCCAUUGCACAGAGGCCAGCACUUCCCUUCAGGCUGCGCGCUGUGCACCUCUUGGUCACAGCAACGCGAGGCCGUCCUUUGGGAACACGGGCUUUUUUACUUACAAGCUCAAGAGUCGGACUAAAAUAAUCAAGAGGAAGGGGAGUGCCUGUGCUUUAGCUGAUAAGAAGAGUGCCUCCUCCUUCCCCACCGUGCUUCUGAAAAGCCGCUACUCUCUCAGGAAGAGGCACAGCCCGCGUGGGAAGGCCUCUCCCGCUGCCAGGAGGGCUGGGAGCAAGGGACUGGUCCUGAUUGGCAAGCACAGGCUGCGCCGGCUCCUGGCAUCGCGGGGCUACGUUUCAGCCAAAGAAGGUUCCAGCUUCCUCCGUGUCACAAAUCCCACAGCAAAUAAAGUGGUGAAUACUCGCUAUAGGAUUGUGAAGAAGGCUGUGGCUUCUCCUUUGGGCUCUACAGCAUCUUUCGGCAGCCCUGCUCAUGGCUGGAAGGCCAGACGACUCUCAGCAUCCAGGUCCUUGGCGCUCAACAGCCCCCGCCCCCCCUCCCCAGGGAGCAAGCCCCAGGCCCUGCAGCACCGCUGGAGGAGCAAAGGCCUGCGCUGCAUUGGCGGAGUCAUGUACAGGGUCUCGGCCAACAAGCUGGCCAAGACCUCCAGCUCGCCAGCCAGGGGCAGUGAGCCGGCCAGCAGGAGCUACGCCCGGGCAGCGAGGCUGGAUUCUGCACACAGCAGCCCUGGUUAUUCUCCACCCAGUUGUCCAAGCAGGUUGGCCACCAGUCGGUACAUUGCAAGCCGAGCUGUCCAGCGUAGCUUAGCCAUCAUUCGCCAGGCCAAGCAGAAGAAAGAGAAGAAGAAGGAAUACUGCAUGUAUUACAACCGCUUUGGCAAGUGCAAUCGUGGCGAGAGCUGUCCCUACAUCCACGAUCCGGAUAAAGUGGCCGUUUGCACCAGGUUCCUCCGUGGCACAUGCAAGAAGACUGACGGGACGUGUCCGUUUUCGCACAAAGUUUCAAAAGACAAGAUGCCCGUGUGCUCCUAUUUCCUGAAAGGGAUCUGCAACAACAGCGACUGUCCCUACAGCCAUGUCUAUGUGUCCAGGAAAGCAGAAGUCUGCCCAGAUUUCCUCAAGGGCUACUGUCCGCUGGGAGAGAAGUGCAAGAAGAAACACACGCUGGUGUGCCCGGACUUCUCGAAAAAUGGAGUCUGCCCCAAAGGAGCCCAGUGCAAACUGCUGCACCCCCAGCGGAAGCAUCAGGCCCGGCAGCUCAGCACCACAGACUCCUUCCCACAGCAGUGCUCAGUGCCAAAGAGGGAACGCCUUGCAGAUCAAACAAUGAGGCUCAAGGAAGAGGAGGAGGAGACCCCAGGCCCUUCAGGCACAGAGCAUGGAGCCCCCCUUUGGAGCCAGAAGGCCCCCUUGCAAACCAGCAAGCUGACCAAGCUGCCCUCCUUCAUCUCUCUCCAGUCGCCUCCCACCUCUCCGGUGGAGGAAGAGCCCCAGCCUGCCAGAGACAGGAGCAUGGAGGAAGCAGGGAAACCGCUGCAGAUCAAGCCCAGGCUGUGACUUCCUCUCUCGGAGCGGAGGCGUUCCCCGCCGUCAGCAUACCUCAGGGAUUUGCGGCCGCCGGCCUCACCCGGCAGCUACCUCAGGGCGCCAUGCUGAGGCCAGCAGGCACAAGGCCUCGCUCGGUCUGUCUGCCGCUGCUUGUCUGUUUUUCUGGCAUGAGGAGUGGAGGCCCGAGGGCCGUCCCGGCUUUCGGGCUCAAAUAAACCACUCCUUUUAUCUUUCAAAUAAAGGAGCUUUUUGUCUAGCA